UCCGCCGUAGCUUUUUCCCUUUUCGUCUCAGCACAUUCGAAUCCAAUGAGGACUUGCAUGUUGAAAUCCAUCAUCCAACGGAACUCCAUUUCCAGGCGUGGAUUCGCAUCGGGAUCCGCACCUGAGAGGAAAGUGGCAGUUUUAGGAGCAGCCGGAGGGAUCGGUCAGCCUUUAUCACUUCUAAUGAAACUAAACCCUUUAGUAUCGAGCCUUUCCCUCUACGAUAUUGCUGGAACUCCUGGUGUUGCCGCUGAUGUCAGUCACAUCAACACCAGAUCUCAGGUUGCGGGAUUUGCAGGAGAAGAGCAGCUAGGGCAGGCUCUGGAAGGAGCUGAUGUAGUUAUCAUCCCUGCUGGUGUGCCCCGAAAGCCUGGUAUGACCCGCGAUGACCUGUUCAACAUUAAUGCGGGUAUUGUUAAAUCUCUUGCCACGGCUAUUGCCAAGUACUGCCCCCAUGCUCUUGUCAAUAUGAUCAGCAACCCUGUGAAUUCCACUGUCCCAAUUGCUGCGGAGGUGUUUAAGAAGGCUGGAACUUAUGAUGAAAAGAGGCUCUUUGGAGUUACCACACUUGAUGUGGUUAGGGCCAAGACAUUUUAUGCCGGAAAAGCUAAAGUAAAUGUUGCUGAGGUCAAUGUCCCAGUAGUUGGUGGUCAUGCUGGCAUAACUAUCCUCCCAUUAUUUUCUCAAGCCACCCCAACGGCGAAUCUAUCAGAUGAGGAAAUUGAGGCACUCACAAAGCGAACCCAAGAUGGUGGCACAGAAGUUGUUGAGGCCAAGGCUGGAAAGGGUUCAGCCACCCUGUCAAUGGCCUAUGCUGGCGCUAUUUUUGCUGAUGCUUGCUUAAAGGGGUUGAAUGGAGUUCCCGAUGUUGUGGAGUGUUCUUUUGUGCAGUCCAAUGUCACAGAGCUUCCCUUCUUUGCAUCCAAGGUGAGACUUGGGAAAAAUGGAGUGGAGGAAGUCCUAGGGUUGGGCCCAAUGACAGACUUUGAGAAGAAAGGACUUGAAGCUCUUAAGCCAGAGCUGCUCUCCUCCAUUGAGAAGGGAAUCAAGUUUGCCAAUGCAAACUAAAAACAAAACUGUGGUCAAGUUUUCCAGAGUGACAGUUUUGGAUCCUUUUGGACAUUUGUGUUGUAUCCUUUGCGAGUUUCUUGCAGCUGGAGGCUUAGAUUUAGCUCUUAUUGAAAAGUAACUUUAGAUAUACACAAACAUUUCUUGAAAAUAAUUACGGGCAAACUUGUGAUAAUGCAUUUGCCGUAGUGUUGGGUGUUAUUCUCAUGGAAUUGUGGUUAGAUGCAGACAGUUGAUGUGAGAUGAUGUGAUGAAGAAUGUUCAUGACUCCAACCACCGUGUUGUAAUUCAUUUAACCUUUACUGGUAUUGUACUUUAGAAUGCGA